GUCUCCAUUGUCUUUCUAGGUCGGAUACUUGGUAUAAUUGCUGGAACUUCUCUAUUAACCGCUCUCACGAUCUACUGCGUGAAAAGACGACGUUCACGGCGUGGUUCUAAUCAAACAAACGAUAAAUAUAUACAGAAUUUUCUACUCCAUAAUGGAUCACUCGCUCUCAAGAGAUACAAAUAUUCCGAAAUCAAGAAAAUAACAAAAUCCUUCAAUGAAAAGCUUGGUCAAGGAGGAUAUGGUAGCGUCUACAAAGGUGUAUUACCCGAUGGUUCCCUCGUGGCAGUGAAAGUUUUGAUCGAAGCUGAUAGCAAUGGAGAAGAAUUCAUAAAUGAAGUUGCUAGCAUUAGUAGAACUUCCCAUGUCAAUAUUGUCAAUCUCUUGGGAUUUUGCUAUGGUAGAGACAAGAGAGCUUUAAUCUAUGAAUAUAUGCCAAAGAAAUCUUUGGACAAUUUCAUCAACAAUAAUUGCCCGGAUUUGGAAAAGAUGUACAAGAUUGCGGUUGGUGUUGCCAAAGGUUUGGAAUAUCUGCACACGGGGUGCAAUACUAGGAUUGUUCAUUUCGACAUUAAGCCUCAGAACAUUCUAUUAGACGAUGAUUUUUGUCCGAAAAUAUCUGAUUUCGGGCUUGCUAAAUUGUGCAAGAAGAAGCAGAGUAUAUUAUCUGUGCUUGGAACAAGAGGGACUAUUGGUUAUAUUGCUCCAGAAGUAUUUUCGAGAAAUUUUGGAGGUGUUUCUCAUAAAUCCGAUGUCUAUAGCUAUGGAAUGAUGGUUCUUGAAAUGGCUGGUGCGAGAAAAUUUGUCGGAAAUGAGGCAAUUCAAUCGAGUGAGAAUUACUUUCCCGACAAAAUAUACGAGCAAGUGAUGAUUGAUGUAGCUAAGGAAUUGGAUAGUCUAGCGAAUAUUGAAGAUUGUGAAGAAGAAACUGCGACGAAAUUGUUUUUGGCUGGAUUUUGGUGCAUCCAGACAAUUCCGUCGGAUAGGCCACAAAUGUCUAAGGUUGUGGAAAUGUUAGAAGGAAGUAUUCAAUCCAUACAAGUUCCUCCGAAGCCAGUGUUGUUUCUACCUCCUACAGUUGUGGCGCGUGAAUCUUCGGCAAUUUUAUAUACGACAGAGACAGAGGAUUCAGUUGAAGUUCAGCUAAGGGGUAAUAACUGAGGUUUUAAUAACAACUCGAUAGCAAUUACAAUAUGUAAAAUCUUGCUUGUGACCUUAAUUUUUCACCGUCAUUAUCUGCGACUCUGCGGUUGUAUACAUGACAGAGACCGAGUAGAUAAAUCUGGGAAUCAGAAGAAUGUAUGGCAUCGGAAAGUUUACUUUUGAAACAAAAAAGAAGUUAUCGAUUCGAAUACUAUACUUUUGAUACUAUCAAAUAUCUUGCUACUUAGGUAUUUU